CGGACAUCCGGCCGAAUCCAAACGGCCGACGGCUAUAUAGGCCGACAGUCAGAUAGCCGAAACUAUUUUAGCCGACAAGGUCAAAAGGCCGACACUACGAAAAGCCGACACUAAAAUAAAUUAAGUAUAAGCUAUACAUUUUCAAUUCGAUAACGUAGUGUUGUCUUUUGUUGUAAUAAUGUUAUCGAUAACUUAUCGAAAUUUAACGAUACCUAAUACCUAUAGCCUGUAAUCUACAGUGGGUAUUGCUAUUGCAUGUUCAUAAAUACUGUUUCAGUUGAUUCGUAACCACGCCGCGUCUUUGCAUUCAUUUUUGUGUCGUUGUUUAAUUUAAUUUAUGUAUUUGCAUUAAAUAAUUAUGGAAUAUAAAAUUGAAAUUUUUGGUACAAAAUUAUUAAUUGACAAUUUUAUCAUGAUUAAAAACAAAAACCGUAACAAUAAAUAUUAUUGGGAAUGUGAAAAGAGGAAACAUACUAAACGGCAUAAUAGUAAUAAUGAAUAUUGUAAUGCAAGAGCAGUAACAAUUCUUGUUGAUGGUAAUCAUAUUGUUAAAGAUAAUUCUUUUUUAAAUCACAACCAUGGGCCUGACCCAUGCCGAUUGUUGGUAAAGAAAAACAUAAAAUAUAUUGUUUCAAAAGCUCUGUCUUCGAGAGAUAAACCUUCGCAAAUAAUACAGGAAGCAACGAGUCGCAUCCCCGUCAAUUCUCAGCCAUACAUGCCAUCAGUUGAAGCAACGCGAAAAAUUAUUUCACGGUGUAGAAAACAUCAGAAUCCACCAGAACCAACAAGUCUUUCACAAAUAGAUAUUCCUCUUAACUUAUGUAAGUCUUUUAAUGGUCAAACAUUUUUACUAAAAGAAAGUACUAUUGAGAGUCACAAAAUAUAUAUUUUUUCUACUAAAGAUGAAAUAUCAAAACUUGUCAAUGCCAAUUAUUGGGUUAUGGAUGGUACAUUUAAAACUGUGCCAAGUAUAUUUUUACAAAUGUACACCAUACAUGCACCUGUUGGUGGAAAUAAUUCUAGAAUUUUGCCAUUAGUAUAUGUUUUAAUGACCAGUAAACAACAAUGUUGUUACGAACGUUUAUUCGAAGACCUAAUAUCAAUUUGUGAUGAUUUCGGUUUCGAUGUUUCACCAAAAUGUAUUAUAACAGAUUUCGAAAAAGCUGCAAUUAAUGCAGCUAAUAAAGUAUUUCCAGAAUGCCAACAAAAAGGGUGUUUUUUUCAUUUAGGCCAAAAUAUUUGGCGAAAAAUCCAGUCUAGUGGAUUGGCUACUAAAUAUGGAGAAAAUGAAGAAUUUAGUUUACAACUUCGAUGUAUGUGGUCACUUGCAUUUUUACACCCAUCAGAUAUACCUAAUGCUUUUGAUCAAUUGAAAGAUUCAUUACCCUAUGACAUUCAAAAUUACUUUGAAGAAAAUUACGUGCAUGGAAAAGUACGAAGGAAAUUUAGAAAUGGAAUAGUAUCUCGAUAUGAGCCAUUGUUUCCACCAUCAUUUUGGUCAAUACAUUUCAAUCAUGAAAACAAUAUUCCAAGGACACAAAACAAAGUCGAAGCAUGGCACAAAAGAUGGAAAGUAUUAGUAGGAGCUGAUCACGUUGGGGUGUAUCGUAUAAUUGAGGAAAUGAGAAAAGAGCAACAACACGUUGUGGGGCAAAUUCAAAUUAUUUUAUCCGGACAAGCAAGGCCAAAACAAAGUUCAAAGUACGUAAAACGUCAAAACCAAAUUCAAACUAUUCUAAAUGAUAAAGAAAACAGAACAACCCUCGAGACAAUAAGAGGUAUUGCAUACAAUUUGCACUAUUAAUUUUUAUUUAUUAACAUUUAACUAUAUAACAUAAUUAUCAAUUAUAAUUUUAUAAACUAUUAGUAUUUUUUAUUUUUUAUGUAUAAAUAUCAAAUUUUUUAAUUUUUAAAACAUAUUAGGAAUAUAAAAUGUACUCAAUAAUAAUUUAUUAGUAUUUUUUAUUUUUAUGUAUAAAUAUCAAAUUUUUUAAUUUUUAAAACAUAUUAGGAAUAUAAAAUGUACUUAUAAUUAUUAACAAUACACUAAAUUUUAUUUUUAAGAAUAAGUAUCACCUAUAUAUAUAUAUCUGUGUGUGUGCAUAAUUUACCUAUCUCAACAUAAAAUUACUUAAUCGGCCAUUUAAUAUGUCGGCCUAAUGCGUGUCGGCCUAUAAAUUUGUCGGCCAUUUAGUAUGUCGGCCUAUUGCGUGUCAGCCAAAUGUCUGUCGACCAAAUGUCUGUCGGCCGAUUGUACCA